AUGGAUAUAGCGUCUAUCGCCGUCAAUGGCAGCCAAAUAGUUCAUUCUCCCUCCAUGACAAGCUCCAAGCAGUGUUGGCUGUUGUGUGCUAACAUGGCCGCCCUUGUCCAGCACACGGACGGUCACUUGGAACGAGAGGAACGCAAAUUCAAAUGUGACAAAUGCGGCCGUGGCUACAGACACGCUGGCAGCCUCGCCAACCACAAAAAGGCCCACGACGUGGGAUCCUUUGAGUGCCACGUGUGUGGUAAGGAGAACUCCAAUGCUUUGGCUUUGAAAAGUCACUUGCGGAGUCACACGGCGCGCAAAAAGUACUCUUGUUCGCAAUGCGGCAAGGCUUUCCGUCUGGCAACGCAGCUUGCGACGCACGAGCGAGUUCACCGUACCUCGCAACUAAAAAAGCAGGACGCCACUGAGUACCGACACCCAUGUGAAAUUGCAGAUAACAGUGAGAGCCCCUCGACCGUAGGGAUCCGAAUGGAAAACUGCGCCGUUGAAGGUAAAAUGGAGUUCUAUCAUCCGCAGUGCGACACAUCGGAAAAUGCUGCCGACCGGCCGUUUAAAUGCAGUCUCUGCGACAAGACGUACAUUCACCUGCGAAGCUUGAGCAACCACAAAAAGACUCACCAGUUGGGCAUGUUUGAGUGCACCGUGUGUUUCAAACUCUUCAACAACAUGGCGGCGCUCUACAGCCACCAGAGGACUCACAAGGCCAGAAACGGCGGAGGAAGCGUUAACUCACUAUCCGACAUCUACGCCAAUUCUGCACAGGAGCAGUUUCCCCCUCGGAGUCUUGACGCGCCUGUCAACUUCUGCCAUUUGUGUCAAGUUGUGUUCCCGAGCCACGAGGAGUUCCAGGAGCACAUCCAGAUGCAUAACUCUUCUUCUGAUUCCUUUGGGCUUCGGGAUGACACGGCAGGCAGUCACAGUAUGACGUAUGACAUCGUUACCUCGCCUAAAUCUAGCGUUUAUACAGCUAACAUGAAUCAUAUUCCUUCUUUAGCGUCAGUCAAAAGUACUCUGGGUUUUAAUCCACCUCUAGGAACUAUAAACAGUAACGGACAUAUGUAUUCAAACUUCCCGAAUAAUCUAUCUUCCAACUACUCUCAGGGAGAACCCCCACUGAGAAACGCUAGCAUUGGCAAUAUCGCUACAACCGCGUCGGAACUCCGCGACCCUUCCGUCACGGAUCCCGAUGAACGUCCCUUCAGGUGUCAGAUAUGCGGCAAGAGCUACCGCCAUUCCGGAAGCCUCGUCAACCACAAACGCUCGCAUCAGGUUGGGACUUACCACUGCACCAUCUGCAGGAAGAAGUAUCCUCACCUGGCUGCGCUCAAGAGUCACCUCCGCAUCCAUAAAGGCCACAAAACCUCAUUCAACAGCAACGGGGACGGAGAGUGGCUCCCCUCCGAGCCCUUAAUUUCGCCGAACCAGCAGAACCGCCUUUCAUCACGAGAGGAGGAGGAUCGUACGCCCCUCACUCUUGGUGCGGAUGGCGAAAACACCAGGGUAUUCCACGAUCAUCAGGACACGAGCACGAGCCUACCUCACGCCGAACUUGCGAUGCAGAGGCACAUGUGUGCCGACUGUGGGGAUACUUUUGCCGAUAUUUCCAGCAUUGUUGCGCACUCUUGUCCACUACGGCAACAACAGCAGCACACAAAUGAGAGCCACAAUUUCAACGGGAACUUCACAGGCACUGCCGCGCAGUUUCACGGAUUUAACGACUCCAAUCACCAGAGUUACUUAGAGCGGAGCUUCCAAGAGAAUUUGAGCAGCGAACAGUUGAACGCCCACGGCGAAGAAGACGACGGCGAUCUUUUUCAGUGUUCCAUUUGCGGGAACAGCUACAGCAGCAUGCGGGCUCUCAGGAGCCAUCUGCGCGGACACGCCCAGUCCCAGUGCGCAGCAGUCAGCUCGGCAACAUCAGCCAUGUCCUCACAGGAGGAGGUCGGACAAGACCAACCAGGCGAGAUGAUGAUCUGCAGUACUUGCGGAGAAAGCUUCGCCAGCAAGCAGGACUUGGUCACGCAUCAGCUCGUGCACGUCAAACGCCAAGACGAAGACAGUGACGUGGUGUCAGAGGGAAAAGAGGAGCCGCGUAGCAUCAUUUGCGGUCGCUGCGGAACCUCCUGCGCUGGCUACCGUCAUCUGGAGAGCCACGACUGCAUAAUGGAAAAGAAGGAAGAAAAAAUGGUGACUGGUGAGACUGGUGAGGAAGCCAAAGUCAAGAAUUUGCGGCACGAAGUCCGAGGCAAUUUCGAGGAUCGUCGGUACCGAUGCGAUCAGUGCGGCCGUUCGUACAGACACUCAGGCUCGCUCCUCAAUCACAAGAAAUCCCACAAAACUGGAGUAUUCAAAUGCAGUGUGUGCCAGAAACGCUUUUACAACCUGCUGGCUCUUAAAAACCACCAGAGAUCCCACUUUGACAUUAAGAGGUACACUUGCCACGAGUGCGGCAAAGCCUUCAAAAUCCAGAAGCAGCUUUUAAUCCACCUCAGAAGGCACAAGAAGAACCGAGCCAAGAUUCAAGAGCUUAACAACCAGAUCCAAGCAUUCGUGCAGAUGAACAACUCUGAAGGCAAGGACUCCAGAGAACCGCAACAAUUACCGACAUGUCAGGCCGCGGUCAAAUCUGAAUUCACCAGCGACAGCCGACCGUUCGCGUGCGAGCAGUGCGGGCGCACCUACCGUCACGCCGGAAGUCUGGUGAACCACAAAAAGUCUCACAAAACGGGUCAGUAUUACUGUUCAGUGUGCAGCAAAGCUUACUCCAACCAGCUAGCUUUGAAGAACCACUUGCGCACCCACUUUGCCAGUCGAAAACAUUCUUGCCAAAAGUGCAGAAAAUUCUUUCGAGGAAAACGGCAGCUAUCAGCUCAUGUGUGCGCCGACUCCCAAAAGUGCGGCAGGCAGAGCUCGAGGUCCCUGUCCUUAAAAUGCAAAGAGUGUAAACAGACAUUUCCCUCUGCCGACCAACUGGUUGACCAUGCCUGCACAGGUGAAGAGAAACGGUUGUUCUCCUGCAAUAUUUGCCACCGUAGCUACCGCCAUGCCGGCAGCCUCCUGAAUCACAAGAACACUCACAAGACGGGUCACUUUGCGUGCACUUUCUGCGCCAAGCCCUUCACCAACCCCAUGGCGCUGCGCAACCAUACACGAAUCCAUACGCAGAAGAAAAAGUACGCCUGCCCAACGUGCGGGAAGGCCUUCCGACUCGCUAGCGUCCUGCACAACCACCAGAAAAUCCACAGCCGCGCCGACGGACACUUCAGCUGUUCGGCGUGUGGGAAGAGCUUUCAAGGAAGGUCGGGACUCAAGAGGCACCGCUGCCGGAGAGGUCAAGGAGAAGACGGAAUGCAGCCAGGAGAGAGUCAGGACAAGUGUUUCACGUGCGACCUUUGCGGGCGAUCUUACCGCCACGCUGGUUCCCUCCUCAACCACAAGAAGACCCACUCUGAAAACCUCCACCACUGCAGCCUUUGUCUGCAGACCUUCCCGGAUCCCGUCACACUUCAGAUCCACUCGCAGAUGAGGCGCCACUGCUGCCCCGAAUGCGGCAAAACCUUCUGUCUUCUCGUGCACCUGCAGAGCCACAUGGAGUCUCACUCCAAGGAGCGCUCUAAGGACUCUUGCUCUGAUAUCAGCUGGACAGAACCUAUGUCCCAUCAUCCGCAGAGUACAACCGAGCAGACGGAGAAGAGCCACAUCUGCGAGCAUUGCGGUCGAACUUACCGCCAUGCCGGCUCCCUCCUAAACCACAAAAACAGCCACAAAACGGGCUCCUUCUCCUGCUCCGUGUGCCAUAAAGAGUUCUCCAACCUUAUGGCCCUCAAGAACCACCGGCGAAUUCACACCGAACCAAAGCGUUACCAGUGUCUAGAGUGUGGAAAGGCCUUCCGUGUGUCCACACAGCUUAUCUGUCACCGGAGAAUCCACAGCAAAGAGAAGCCCUUCUCCUGCGUUCUUUGUGACAAGAACUUUUCCAGCAAGUCCAAUCUCCGACACCACGAGAAGUUGCACCAGAACCACAACGCAUACGACAACUCCUCCUCGUUUAGCUUGGACGCUAACAACUUCAUGGGUUUAGACAUGGGCUCAUUCCUUUGA